AUGCCACGAGGGAAGCGCACUGCCAGCGACAGCUCUGACGCGACGAGCGCCAAGAAGGCCACCCACACCAAUGCUCUCCUGGCUGCGGACGACGUCGAGAAGGCAACGCUGCACUUUGAAGACGGGACCUCCAUCCCCGGUGUGUCGUUUGGUGCAAAGACGUCUAUGAGCGGUGAAGUUGUGUUCAACACGGGCAUGGUCGGCUACCCCGAAGCGUUGAGUGAUCCAUCGUACAGCGGCCAGAUCCUUGUGCUGACGUUCCCUCUCAUCGGUAACUACGGCGUGCCGUCCCAAGAGAUUGACGAAUAUGGCUUGCCCAAGAACUUCGAAUCGAGUAAAGUGCAAAUUUCCGGGCUCAUCGUGUCCGAGUACUCGUUCGAACAUUCGCACUGGAAUGCCGUGACGUCGUUGGGCGACUGGUUGAAGGCUCACAACGUGCCGGCGCUGUUUGGGCUGGACACGCGCAUGAUCACCAAGAAGAUCCGUGAACAUGGCUCCCUCCUGGGUAAAAUCGAGUUCCCCGAGCACCCGAUCAAGAUUGAAGACCCGAACAAGACCAACCUUGUCGCCAAGGUAUCCCCGAAAGAAGUCAAGGUAUACAACAAGGGCGCGUCGCCCAAGAUCCUGGCAUUCGACUGCGGCAUGAAGCACAACAUCGUGCGGUAUCUGCUGUCCAAGGGUGUGGAGCUCACGGUCGUGCCGUUCGACUACAACUUGGCCAAGAGCAAAUUGCCGUACGACGGCAUUUUCAUCUCGAACGGUCCAGGCGACCCCGAAAUGGCCGACGCCACGAUCCAGUCGAUUCGAUGGGCGAUCCAGCAAGAAGGCGCCAACCUCAAACCGAUCUUUGGCAUCUGCCUCGGCAACCAAAUCCUCGCGCUCGCCGCCGGCGCGACCACAUACAAGAUGAAGUACGGGAACCGCGGGAUGAACCAGCCAUGCAUUGACAUGCGCACCACGCGAUGCUACAUCACCCCCCAAAACCACGGGUUCGCCGUCGACACGGCCAGCUUGCCCGCGGGGUGGAAGACGUUCUUCAUGAACGCCAACGACCACUCGAACGAAGGCAUCAUCCACGAGUUCAAGCCAUUCUUCUCGGUGCAGUUCCACCCCGAAGCAUGCGGCGGGCCCACGGACACGGCGUUCCUGUUUGACAUGUUCCUAGACAAGGUCAAUGGCCACCCCUCCAAGCUGACGCUCAUGGACACAUCUCUGUACGACCGCCCCGUGUUCCGCAAGGUCGUGCUGCUCGGCAGUGGUGGGCUCAGCAUCGGCCAAGCUGGCGAGUUCGACUACUCGGGGUCGCAGGCGAUCAAGGCCCUCAAGGAAGAAGGCAUCCAAGUGAUUUUGGUCAACCCGAACAUCGCGACCGUCCAAACAUCCAAGGGCUUGGCCGACAAGGUGUACUUUGUGCCUGUGCGGGCGUCCACGGUGCUGGAAAUCAUCAAAAAGGAGCGCCCCGACGGCAUCCUCGUGUCCAUGGGCGGCCAGACCGCGCUCAACGUCGGGAUCGAGCUCGAGCAGAGUGGCGCAUUGGCGGCCAACAACGUCCGCGUGAUGGGCACCCCCAUCUCGGUAGUCAUCGACACGGAGGACCGCGAGCGCUUCAGUGCCAAGCUGGCCGAGAUCGGCGAGACCAUCGCCCUCAGCAAGCCGGCCAAGACGGUGGAAGACGCCGUGGCCGCCGCCAACGAGAUCGGGUACCCCGUGCUCGUCCGCGCCGCGUUUGCGCUGGGCGGGUUGGGCUCUGGCUUUGCCGAGAAUGACAAGGAGCUCCGCGCGCUGGCCAAGAAGGCGCUGCACGGCGCGGGCAACAAGGUCGGCGACCGGCAGAUCCUGAUUGACCAGGACCUUCGCGGGUGGAAGGAGGUCGAGUACGAAGUCGUGCGCGAUGCCAAGAACAACUGCAUCACUGUGUGCAAUAUGGAGAACUUUGACCCCCUCGGCAUCCACACGGGCGACUCGAUUGUCGUCGCGCCGUCUCAGACCCUCAGCAAUGCCGAGUACUUCAAGCUUCGAUCCACGGCGCAAAAGGUUGUCCGCCAUCUUGGCAUUAUCGGCGAAUGCAACAUCCAAUACGCGCUGGACCCGCACUCAGAGCGGUACUGUAUCAUCGAAGUGAACGCGCGGCUGUCGCGCAGUUCCGCGCUCGCGUCCAAAGCGACGGGGUACCCGCUGGCGUACGUGGCGGCCAAGAUUGCCCUCGGUAUCGACCUCGUGAACAUCAAAAACAGCAUCACCAAGACAACCACGGCUUGCUUUGAGCCGAGUUUGGACUACUGUGUCGUCAAGAUGCCCCGAUGGGACUUGAAAAAGUUCAACCGCGUGUCCAACGACCUCGGCAGCUCCAUGCUCAGCGUCGGCGAAGUGAUGAGUGUUGGUCGUAACUUUGAAGAGUGUAUUCAAAAGGCAGUUCGGAUGGUCAACCCCAACUUGGAUGGACUGAACGCACGCCCAGUCGACUACACGGCGGACAAGGCCGAGAUCGAGACGAACCUGAAGAAGGCGACGGACGAGCGGCUGUUUUACGUGAUCGCGGCGCUCGAUGCCGGCUACACGAUCGACCAAGUGCACGCGUUGACCAAGAUUGACCGGUGGUUCCUCUCCAAGUUGCAGCACAUUUCUGGCCUCCGCAAGGGUAUGAAGACCCUCGGGUCGCUAGACAAGCUCAGUGUGAACAACUUCAAGACACUGAAAACGUAUGGCUUUUCGGAUCGCCAGAUCGCGCAUGAAGUCGCUAGCACUGAGCUCCAAGUCCGCAACCGCCGCAAGUCGUUUGGCGUGGUGCCGUUUGUCAAGCAGAUCGACACGCUCGCGGCAGAGUACCCGGCGCAGACCAACUACCUGUACAUGACGUAUUCAGGCAUGGAGGACGACAUCCCCAUGGACGACCACGGCGUGAUGGUGCUCGGGUGCGGCGCCUACUGCAUCGGGUCGUCGGUCGAGUUUGACUGGUGCGCCGUGUCGGCAGUCCGCACCCUGCGCGAACUCGACUACAAAGCCAUUGUGGUCAACUACAACCCCGAGACGGUCAGUACCGACUACGACGAAAGCGACCGGCUGUACUUUGAAGAGCUCAGCUUUGAGCGCGUGCUGGACAUUUACGACCGCGAAAACGCGCACGGUGUGAUAGUAUCUGUGGGCGGCCAAAUCCCCAACAACUUGAGCAUGCCGCUGCACAAGAUGGGCGUCCGGCUGCUCGGGACGUCAGCCGAGUCGAUCGACAAGUGCGAAGACCGCAACAAGUUUAGCGCGCUGCUCGACAAGAUUGGCGUGGACCAGCCCAAGUGGACUGAAGUCACGACGACGACGGCCGCGGAAGCGUUUGCCCGCGAGGUGCAGUACCCCGUGCUCGUCCGUCCGUCCUACGUGUUGUCGGGGGCGGGUAUGAUUGUCACGUCGUGCGAGGCCGAGCUUCGCGACUACCUCAACAGCCCCAACGUGGCCACAUCCAAGUCGAUUUGCAUCUCCAAGUUCAUCCUGAACGCGAAAGAAGUCGAGUUUGACGGCGUCGCCAAGGACGGCCACAUCCUCAACUAUGCCAUCUCGGAGCAUGUCGAGAACGCCGGCGUGCACUCGGGGGACGCAACGCUCGUCCUCCCGGCGCAAAAGCUGUACGUGGCUACGAUCAAGCAGGUCAAGCGCAUCGCGUCGGCCAUCGCGCGAUCGCUCAACAUCACCGGACCGUUCAAUAUCCAGCUCAUGGCCAAGGAAAACGAAGUCAAAGUGAUCGAGUGCAACCUCCGCGCGUCGCGAACGUUCCCGUUCAUUUCCAAGACGUUCGACUUGAACUUUAUCGCGCUGGCGACCCGCGCCAUGCUCGGACUGGCCGUCAAGCCCGUGCCCAUUGCCCUAAUCGACAUUGACUAUGUGGCUGUGAAGGCGCCGCAGUUUUCCUUCACGCGGCUGCACGGGGCCGACCCGACGCUCGGCGUCGAGAUGGCGUCGACGGGCGAAGUCGCGUGCUUUGGCACAGACAUGCACGAAGCGUUCCUCAAGGCAUUGCUGAGUGCUGGCUUCAAAAUGCCCAAGGAGCAAAAGACGAUCUUGCUGUCCAUUGGCAACGACGACAUGAAGCGGGAGUUCUUGGACAGCGCCAAGAUCUUGGACGAGCUCAAGUACAACCUGUUUGGCACGCCCGGCACGGCCGCGUUCCUCCAAGAGCAUGGCGUCAAGUGCGAAGUGCUGUACAAGCCGAGCGGCAAGGACGCCAAGGGUGCCGUGGACGGCGCCGUCGAAGCGAUCAAGAACAACAAGAUUGAGAUGGUCAUCAACGUUCCCGAUGGCGGGUCGCAGCAGGAAGUGUCGGACGGGUACCUCAUCCGCCGCGCGUCGGUGGACUUUGGCGUGUCGCUCAUCAACAACAUCAAGUGCGCCGUGCUGCUGGUCCAGUCGUUGGAAAAGGUCAAGAAGCUCGAGAUCUGCCACAUUGGCGAGUACUAUGCCAUGCCUACCCUCGGAUGGAGCACUGGCAAGAGCCUCCUCGCCCGCAAAAUGUCUAUUUGCUAAUUAUCCUAACAACCUAUAUAAACACCGUCAACAUAUAAGCAAAGCACUUGACACCGAC